AUGGAGAAGGAAAAGUCUACCGGCAUCGAACAUGUCGAGGAGAAUCACUACAGUUCUGAGCACGGCCAUGGCGAGGUCGUCGCCAGUGCCGCGGCUCAGGCCGCCCUCGACAAGGAACACAGCAUGAGCCCGCUGCAGGCCUUGAAGGUCUACCGCAAGGCUGUCGGUUGGUCGAUCCUUAUGUCCUGUGCCAUCAUCAUGGAGGGCUACGACGUCGUCCUCAUCGGUUCCUUCUUCGCCUACCCCGAGUUCAACAAGAAAUACGGUCACAUCAUGUCGGACGGAUCCUACGGUCUCGAUGCCAAGUGGCAGGCCGCCCUGACCAACUCCAUGGCCUGUGGUCAGAUCAUCGGUUUGUUCCUGAACGGUAUCAUGUCUGAACGCUUUGGGUACCGCCGCACCCUCAUGGCCUGCCUUGCUGCCACCGUCGGAAUCAUCUUCAUCCUCUUCUUCGCGCCGAACAUUCAGACACUGGUGGUGGGCGAGCUGUUCAUGGGUAUCCCGCUUGGUGUGUACCAGACCCUGACCGUCACCUACGCUUCGGAGGUCUGCCCCGUCUCGCUGCGCGCCUACCUGACCACCUAUGUCAAUCUCUGCUGGGUCCUGGGCCAGCUCAUCGCCUCCGGUAUCCUGAAGGGCUUGAACACCCGCACCGACCAGUGGGCCUACCGCAUCCCCUUCGCCAUCCAGUGGGUCUGGCCUGUCCCCAUCUUCAUCGGUGUGUGGCUCGCGCCCGAGAGCCCCUGGUGGCUCAUCCGCAAGGACCGCCGUGAAGACGCCAUCAAGUCGCUGAACCGCCUUGCCACCCCUGGCCACCCCGACUUCGAUGCCGAGGAAACCGUCGCGAUGAUUGCCUACACCGAUGCGCUUGAGAGACAAACCCAGACCGGUACCAGCUACCUCGACUGCUUCCGCGGUGUUGACCUGCGCCGCACGGAGAUCUCCUGCUUGGUUUGGGCUGCCCAGAGUCUUUGCGGCGCUGGUCUGAUGGGUUACUCGACCGUCUUCUACCAGCGUGCCGGCCUCGCCGUCUCCCAGUCCUUCACCAUGUCGCUGGUGCAGUACGCCAUCGGUGUCAUCGGUACCUUCGCCUCCUGGGCGAUGAUGACCUACUUCGGUCGCCGCACCCUGUACGUCGGCGGUUUGGCCGCUCUCACGGGUGUGCUCUUCGUCAUCGGCUUCAUCUCCAUCCCCGCUUCCUCGACCGCCCUCUCCUGGGCCACCGGCUCCAUGCUCCUUGUCUACACCUUCAUCUACGACUCGACCGUCGGGCCUGUCUGUUUCUCGCUCGUCUCCGAGAUGCCCGCCUCCCGUCUGCGCACCAAGACCGUCGUCCUGGCCCGUAACAUGUACAACAUCCUCAACCUGGUUACCGGUAUCAUCAUCCCUUACAUGCUGAACGUCGACGGAUGGAACUGGCGCGGCAAGUCCGGCUUCUUCUGGGCCGGUCUCUGUAUCUGCUGUGCCACCUGGGCCUUCUUGCGUCUGCCCGAGCCCAAAGGUCGUUCGUACGCGGAGCUGGAUGUCCUGUUCGAGCGCAAGACCCGCACGCGCGACUUCUCCAAGGCCGAUACCGGCUUGGUGGAUACUCGGGGCGAUCAGAAGGCCGAUCCCCUUGGCGUUUAA